GGCAGAGCCAAACUCAGCGAAAGGCGUUAAUUUGCUAAGAAAAAAAUCUAUUGCGAGAUUUCACAAACAAUAUUAACGAUGGCAAAGCUCUUGAUAGGCUUUAUAUGCCUGACAGCUCUAAUUUGCAUGCUGGCACCUGUAAAGGCAGCUCCGGCAGAGAGCUUGGACGACGACCUCUCUACGGCGGACAGCAUAGGCGUUGGCUACUAUGUGCCAUCCUAUUACAGUCCAUAUUACGGCAGAAGAAGCUAUGGCUACGGCGGAUUUGGCGGUUACGGCUACGGUGGCUACCGAGGUUACGGCAGCUACUAUCGUCGCCCCAUUUAUCCGGUCUGGGGCUGAGCAUAGGACGCGAUAGAGCCUAGAUAGAAGUUCAUACACAUACAUACAUAUAUACAUACAUCUUUUAG